UCAAUCAUGUAUGUAUUUGUCUUAUUCUUAAUAGAUGCGGUGCAGGCGCCCAUGUGUCUCCCACUUACCCUACUCUAUCCUAUCUUACUUUCUUUCACCUUCGCCUUAACUCGUCAAACUUUUCCUUCCUUCCUUUUCCGGUUCUGGGGCUUUGAGUGCGCCCCAUCACCACCCCCUCACAAUGUCAAUGUCAAUGUGAGAUAAUUACUGAGUAUUCAGCAUGCACAAAUAAAAAAGGUGUUAAUUAAUAAUAAUAAUUGAUACUAUUUCAGGAAUUCAAGUGCUAUGAAUGAAUCUCAAAAAAAUUUAAUUACUCAAGUAUGCGAAAUGAUAUACGAUAUUAAAAAGACAACUUUUGAAGACGAAGAAAGAAAUAAGUUAUUAGUAUUUAAUCUACAGAACUAUAUUCAACGUUUUUUACCAGGUGCCUGUUUACAGCUAUUUGGGUCUUCAAGCAAUGGUUUCGGAUUCAGAGACAGCGAUCUCGAUAUAUGUUUCACUUUGAAAAACAGAACUGAUGAGAUUGAUUAUCGAGACAUUAUUAUCGCACAUUUAACAUACGAAUUAAGGAGAUGUCCAAUGGUUCGAUAUGUUGUACCUGUUCCAACAGCAAAAGUGCCUAUAAUCAAAUUUUCAUUCAAAUAUGUGAAUAAAGAAGCGGAUUUUAGCCUUUUCAAUGAUUUGGCAGUAUACAAUACAAAACUUCUUUCUACUUAUUGCAAAAUUGAUUCACGCGUUCAGAAACUUGGUUACGUUGUCAAAUAUUUUGCUAAGGUUUGUUACAUAUGUGAUGCGUCAAGAGGAGGUUUAUCAUCUUACGCGUAUAUUUUAAUGUUAAUAUAUUACUUACAACAAAGAGAUCCACCAGUGAUUCCAGUUUUGCAAGAAUUAUAUGAUCAUUCCCAAGCCAGUCCAGUUAGAAUAGUACAAGGAUGGAAUACGUGGUUCUACGAAGACAUUGACAAUUUACCAAAUGUUUGGCCGGAUUAUAAGAAAAAUACCGAAAGUUUAGCCGAAUUGUGGUUAGGAUUUUUAAAAUUUUAUACGGAAAUAUUUUCAAAGAAAUUAUUUGUUAUUUGUAUUCGUCGACAUGCACCUUUGACACGUUUAGAAAAAAAUUGGUAUUGGAAAGUAGAAAACAGCAUAGCAAUCGAAGAUCCCUUCGACUUGAGCCAUAACUUAGGAGGAGCAACUCGAAAAAUGAAUGAUUUUAUAUUUUCAACAUUUCGUACAUCUUACGAACAUUUCCGAGCCGAAACCAAUGUAAACGAACCGAACGCCAUUUUGGAACAUUAUUUUAAUAAAAAGCUUUUGACGAAUGAUAAAAGUGCUCCAAUUAAAAAAAUUUGCAAGAAAUGUCUAAGACUUGAUCACGUGACAAAAGAAUGUCCUCGAAGAAACAGAGAGAAUUUCUAUAUGUAAAUAAUCUUUAUUGAUUAUUUAUGGAAUUUUACUAGAACGUGAAUAAAACUAUCAAGAGGCAA